AAGUUUAGAUGCCUUGAAGAUGGCUUGUGGAGGGAUAGUUUAUUCUGUCUAUGUGACAGGUUUGUCACAAUUUAAGAAAAGAACAGUUGAAAAUAAGCUAGCUGCUUACUUUCAAAGUAAGAAGAAGUCUGGUGGUGGAGAGUGUAAUGUAAAUAUCCUUGAAAAUGGAGAGGCAAUGGUAACUUUCAACGAGAAACAUGCACAAAAGUCUGUCUUGGAAAGGAAGCACUUCAUUACCAUUGAAGGAAAAAGCAUUCCGCUAACUGUAAGCCAGGAAAGUGAUAAAACCAGCAUUCCUGAAGAUGUCCAAGAUCUUACCUCACCGGUCAAGGAUGCUUCUAGCAGUAAACCUGAAGUUCCACUGAGCAACGUACAGAACAAAACACUGGAGGGAAGUGAUCCAGUUGAAUCAUCGCGUGUUUGUAUUAAAGUAGAUACUGUAAAAUUUUCAAGGGGAAACGUCGACUUUUUCAUUGAAUGUUGUAUUGGCACAUCAUCUUUCCACAUGCGACAUACCAAUGAAGCUACAACGUUUAUUCUGGAAUUCACCGAUGACACUGAUUUGAACAAAGCUGUUCAAAAUUUAAGCAGGAGUUUGCUGGAAAUGAAAGUGACCGCCAUCCAACUCCCAAGAACAGCCCAGCUUCGAGUUACUCAACUUCCGAAGUCCAUAACACAGGAUCAUCUUGAAUUGUACUUUGAACAUGAACUCAAAGGUCUCGGCCCAGUGAAGGCUGUUUUAGAUGAAGCUACACAAUCAGCAAUAAUAGACUUCCCGGAUGCAGAAACUGUCGAGCGCAUCCUGUCGAAGCCCCAUUACGUGAGUAAAAAUACUUUAAAAAUUCAUCGUUAUUAUGAAAGCCAGAAAUUGACCGAGUUUGCAACUGAGUUUGACACUGAAGAGCCUGGACCAUCUAACCAGGAGAAGGACUCUGAAUCAUUGGAUCGUGAAUCAUUGGAUCAAAGGAGCAAAGAUGAUAUUGAAGUUAACAGCAACCUUGUCACAGAAGAAUGCAUCUUCAAAAACAAAUACUAUGUUCAGAUUUUGAGUCAGCAAAAUCUAGAGGAAAACUUUUCUGCUGUUCAGUUUCAUUUUGACAUGCCCAACAAUGUGGUGCAAAUUACAGGGAAGGAAAAUGAGGUAUUCAAAGUUCAGCUAAAACUCUUCAACAAAGGAAACCAAUUAGCAAUCAACAAGAUUCAACUAUCAAAAUAUUUAAGAAUGUUUUUGAGCGGUUUGAACAAAGAAGACUUCCUUACAUCCCUAUUUUUAGACUCAAAAAUUAAUGUAGCAUGUUCAUGCGAUGAGGCUGAAGAUGGAGUAGUUAUGUAUGGUGCUUCAGAAUACCAUCUACGAAAAGGUGAAGAAAAGCUCAAGAUGACAUUUGCGGAAGACAAAACACCAAUUCCAGAAGAUUUUUGUUUAAACAAGCAAAAUGAUUUCAGCCGGUUGAUAAAGGAAACUGCAAGAUCUUUGAAAGCAAAUCAUCACGAAUUGAAGAACGUAGAGGAGAAUUAUCUGUUGAGCCACUUCCUGGAAUCAAAAGCUAAUUCAGGUGUUCCCAACUGCUUGAUCCUUGUUGGAUAUAAGAUCAUUAUCAAUGAAGCAAAGAAAUGCAUAGAAAAUUACAUUUGGGAAAACUCGCCUUGUGAGAUUGUUAUUGAUGUUGAAUCGCCUGGUGUCUUUGAAUAUGUGCAACGAUUUUUUAAUUUGUCAGAGGUGCUCCAGGAUGCUAAAAUAGAGUUUCUGAAGAACAAGGAUCAGUUGUCACUGCAAGUUAAAGCAACUAUGAAAAAUGCGUCACAAAUAAAAGACAAGGUGACGGAUAUUUUGAAUCAAGUUAAGUCUGAAAAGAAACUCUUACGGCAACCUGGUGCUGUUCAGUUUUUCGACAAAAACCGAGACCUGCUGAAGAAGCUGGAAAACCCAUACAAAUGCAUCAUCCACAUAGCGAGUCAGGGAGAGAAACAAACAGAUGUUACCGUUUCAGAACAAUCACAGACCAUGUCUACAAUUGACUUUCUGAACAAAUUUAAAAUAUCAGUCGUGAAAGGCAAUAUAAUCCUCAGUGACGCUGAAACAAUUUUGCACCCAACAAACAAGUCUCUGGAUUGUACUUCUGGAUUGUCAAAAGCACUUGUAGAUGCUGCUGGUCAUGAACUUCAACGAGCCUUAAAUAAACGCCAAUCUCAUGUUCAAGGAGGUGAGGCCUUUAUAACGAAAGCAGGAAAAUUACCCUGGGAAUUUAUUGUUCAUGUAGUUGGAACCAAGCCCCUGUCUUUAACAGAAAACCAAGAAGUUCUUAAAGCGGCCAUAGUAAAAGCUCUGUGUCUUGUUAAUGAUAAUUUUUCAAAGUCUAUUGCAAUUCCUGACUUUCGUCUCGGAGAGUCUGAAUCCUCAGCAACAGUUAUAGGGAAGGCUAUCAAGGAAUAUUGCCAAGAAGUGAACAAACCAUGUCUGACUGAUAUCCGACUUGUAUGUGGCGACGACAACUCUGCUAAAGCAAUGAGCAAGGCUUUGAAGAAAAUGAUGGCGCCUGGGUCUAAGACUUCAAAGUUCUCAAACUUCAUGAAAUUGUCUUUCAUACAAAGCAAGAAGCAAGAAACCAACAAAGAACUCAGCGCAUCCAAUGAGCAAACUAAUGCUGCCGUGACCACAAUAAUACCAGACCCAACAGGCAGCACAGGGAUAAUUUUUACAACUCAAGAAGGUGUACGAGUUUCUUUAAUAAAAGGAAACAUUGCAGAACAGAAGGUUGACGCCAUUGUGAACACUGUGUCACAUGAUAUGAAUCUUUCAUACGGAGCUGCGUCUAAAGCGAUUGUGCUAAAGGCUGGGGAUCAGUUACAAGUGAACACAAACAAUGCCAAAGGGUCCACAACAUUUAAGUCUGGAGAUGUUUUACCCGUCAGCACUGCAGGGUGCAAAUUACAUUGCCAGACAGUUUACAAUACCAUUUGUUGCCAGUGGAGCAAAGCUCAAGAUUCUAAACCUGAAAAUGUGCUUGAAACAAUAAUCCAAAAAUGCCUGGAAAAUGCGCAUAAAAGUCAAUACAAAUCAAUCAGCUUUCCUGCUAUCGGUACGGGAAAUCUGUCAUUUCCAAAAGAUCUGGUAGCACAAACAUUUCUUGAGGAAAUAAAGAAAUUCAGCAAAGCAAAUUCAUCCUCUUCACUUAACGAAGUGAAUUUGGUCAUAUAUGAGAAGGAUCUGGAAUGUUAUCAGGCGUUUGAAGAUGAAAUGUUGAUAACUUCAGGAAUGCCGGCCAAUGAACUGCUCAUCGUAAGAGAAGAGAGGAACAUCAGAAAUGUGCAUCCACCAACAGGAACCACAAAAGAGCAGGUUUUCAAUUCACCGGUUCCUUCUGUUACCAUACCCAUUGAGGACAUAACUAUUGAAGUAUCAUGCAAAAAGACUAAAACAAUAUAUGCAGAUGCAGAAGUGGUGCUCAGGAGUGACUCCAAAGUGAAAGGAACUGAUGACAUUAAGAUAACAAAGGAAGGAUCAACAUUUUUGGUUUAUUGUCGAAUCAAACCUCAAGCAGACUUGGCAAAUAUUUUGUUUAAAGCCUUGAGUAAAUGUGAAGGCAAAUAUUUUGGAUCCGUGUGUAUCCCUGUUCCUCAAUACAUUCUUUCAGGAAAGAUGCCAGACCGGGUAAAAUCAUUCGCUGUGGCAGUUUUGGAUGCUGUUUAUCAAUUCACAGAAACAAAGCACACAUCACUUACACAAGUAACAGUGAGUGAUUGCUCACCUGAAUAUGUGAAAGUAUUUGAAGAGCUGAAGAAAAUCAAAGUAGAAAAGAGUGGCUUGGCGUCCGCAAUGUCAAAAUUGUAUUCUUGGGUGAGUGGAAGCCAAGUGCCUGAUGAUAACCCUGAGGUGGACGAGUACGCAUUCAAGCCAGUGGUCUUUCAAUUCUACUUCACAAAUAAUGGAAAUAUUGACCAAGCUUGGGAUGAUAUUCAGAAGUUAGUGAAUAAAGAACAACUGGAAAAAAAAAUACCGCUCAGUGUAUCCCAUGAAAAAUUUACUGUUGAUGAUAUUGAAGAAAUAAUGGAGUCUUGCAGAGUUAUGCAUGUAUCAGUCACCAUCCACAAAACACACAUAUAUUUGUCUGGAUGUAUAACUGAUGUAUGCUCUGCUCAGGAUACUAUUUUUAACGUGUGCCAAAAGAUAGGAAAAAGAGAAAUUAUGUUACGUGAAGAAAUGUUUCUCAUGGAAAAAGUGUGUUGGAAAUUCAAGAUGGAAAAUCAUUGGGACAAGUUCAAUCCAACUAUGAAUGCCCAUAUUGAAAAGGCUUUCAAUAAAAGAGAAAAUGAAGUAAAAGUAGAGACAGAAGAAGGAUGCUUUUUUGUGUUUGACUUCAAAAACAACAUGUGCACAGAUGACGAGGGAGUCUCUGUUCGCAUAUGUCGAGCAUGUCCUGCAGAUGACAUCCUUCCAGACAACUGGGAGGAUGUAGAAGACCAAACCAAAUUCUCUGAAGUACUUCUGAAACCUGACUCCUCAGAAUAUAAAGAAGUAGCUGAUGCUUUUUCGCAAACCUUAGGAGAUCAAGCAAAUCUGCCAACAUUCAAAAUUGACAGUAUCAAACGGAUCCAGAAUCCCACUCUUUGGCGUCUGUAUGUUGCAAAAAGAAACGAAAUGAACAGACUUGCACCACUAACUCAGAAUGAAAAAAUCCUGUACCAUGGAACAUGCUCAGAUGUGUGCGCUAAAAUCAAUGCAGAUGGUUUCAAUAGAAGCUACUCUGGAGCAAAUGCUGUUUUUUAUGGAGAUGGAACAUAUUUUGCAAUAAAUGCAAGAUAUUCUGCAAGCGACCAGUAUUCGAAGCCUGAUGCAAAAGGAUUCAAACUCAUCUACAGAGCGAGAGUUUUAACUGGAGAGUAUGGUCAGGGGCAGAAAGGCCUGAAGGAGCCUCCGCUCAAAAAUCAACAAGGAGGCCCAGACCGCUAUGACAGUGUCACAGAUCAAUUACAAUCUCCCAGUAUGUUUGUUGUGUUUCAGGACAAUCAAGCCUAUCCAGAGUAUCUCAUUCAGUUUCUUACUAAAUAAGUGAGAUUACAGAAUUGCUGAAGAUAUAGCUGCACUGGAACAAACAGGCUAACAUAAUAGUGUCCCUGAAAGAAAAAACUUUGUGUGUUAUAGUUUAUUAAAAAUAUAAAUUACAAUAUUGAAAAGAAAGCACAUGGAUAGUGUACCCUUUGUAUCUCUCCAAGGGCUUUCGUCAAAUUGGUUGUAAUGUGCUUAACUAUAUUUCAGAUUAUGGUUAGCAUUAAGAGAUGUGCAGUUUUAAUGUUUUGCAAGUCAUGCGGUGCCUCUUCUGAUUUGAAAACAGAAGAUGUGGUGAAAUCAUAUUGUUCAAAGUUUAUUAGCUAACAAUUGCACAAAUUACCCCAAGGCUACUUUAAGAAUGUAUUUGGAUUUAUUUGUUGCUUUUUAUAGAUGUUGCUCGUGACAAUUUAUUGCAGUUUUCUUACCAAUGGCACAGCUCAGUUCUCCAGUUUAGAUUGCUUUUGCAUAAGAUUUUCCCCACAAAUUAGAGUAAUCUUGUAAUCUCACUGCACGUCAAAUUAAAGCAACCAACUGAUGUAACACAAUUUGCUUCCUAAAUAAAAUAUUAAACUAC